GUCAGACGUUAGAACAGAUAGAAAAGUUGCACUUUAUAGCUGCUAAUCGCUGUUAUGAUUCGAAAUAACGGUUGAUGCUCUAUUUCGAUCCUACAUCUUUGGCCACCAUCUGAUCCAAUUGAUAUAUCACUCACAAAUUACGCACGGAUGAGGGAAGUUCGCGGGUAGAAUAGCCGGUAGAAUCAAACCUCACUCUUUAUAAGUUCUUCAAAAAUAUAUUCGAAGUGAUCGAAAUUGUAGUACAUACAGUGGUGUCGUUCGUAAUGCAUCUGAAAAGUUUAAUUUUUUAUUUAACUCUGAUCGUUUUAUCGAAACAGAGCUCUCAACAAGAUUACGAUGAUAGUACUGUGGAAGACAGUGACGAGGAGCUACCAAUCACUCCAAAACCUGUAGUAAGAAAAGGGGAAAUAUCCGAAAAGUCUACGAUUUACGAAACAACGAAAAUAUCAGCAGACAAAGGUAGUGAUGUCGUGCUGGAAUGUUCACCGGAAUAUGGAAAACAAGCUAAAUGGUUAGUUCAACCUACUUAUGGACUUUCCAUCACUACUACAUCAGAUGGAAUAUCGUCACUUUCGAUUUUAAAUGUAGCGCAUGAUCAUACGUACGAGUGCCGACGGUCUGAUAAUAUUGUGCGACGCUUUGUGCUGACUGUAAAUGGUCCAUAUGCGACCAUUGUAAGUCAUUCUGAUUUCGUUCGAAAUGGGACCAACGUUCCUUUUUCGUGCGUGGUACGAUCACUUCUCCCUGUAACCUCUGCUUACUUGCAAGUUAAUGGUGUAUUCACGACCGAAAAAUACGUUGCCAAUUGGGAGAGCAAAAGACGAAUUUGUGCGAAUAAUGACUACAACCGGACCGAUUGCUUUGAGGAAACAACAUUCCAAUUUAUUGUUUAUGUAACAGCCAAUGGAUUUUAUACUUGCGGGAAUGAAGAAGUGGAAUCGAUUGGUCAUACUGUGGAAGUUAUAGAAAAUGAACCGAUAAUUUAUGAGGCUACGAAAAUAUGUUCUCUAAGCUACGUCCAACAGAAGAUAGUUCAAUUCGCUAUCGAAGCAUUAGAAAAACAUGGUCUUACGCAUGAUGCAGCGACUGAUGUUCGUGAAAAAUGCAUGGAUGCAUUCAAGCGAUCUAAUGCAUGGAACUGCAUUAUGGGAAAAGAUAACUUCAAACAUUCGUUGUCUCCAGAUAUUAACGGGGACGAAUAUGCUUCGUUUAAAUUUUCACUUGGAUCGAUAUUCUUUGCUGUAUUUCGAACAAAUAAAUAGGUCAAAUAGUUGCUAAAUACAGGCCGAACGUCGUAAGAAUAAAAUAUCUUUUGGAUUUAAAUGGUUUACAAUAAAAAAUGAAUA